AGUUGGGUUGCGCAGCUGAAACCGGUAAGCGAGCAGUCUAGCACGUUGUAAAGCCGCUAGUCUCUCUUGCAACCGCGGAGGUGAUUCUGAGAAAUCACUCGUUUCUAAAUCAACGUUUUUUUUUUUGAUAAUUGACCCACUGAUCUUUCCAGCUGACCAAAGAAAUGGUGAUGGAGAAGCCAAGUGCCCAGCUGGUCGGGCGAGAGUUUGUCCGACAGUACUACACACUCCUGAACCAGGCCCCCGACUAUCUGCACAGGUUUUACGGCAAGAACUCUUCAUACGUGCAUGGUGGCCUGGACAGCAAUGGCAAACCGGUGGAGGCUGUUUAUGGACAAUCUGAGAUCCACAAGAGGGUGAUGGCGCUGAGUUUCCGUGACUGUCACACCAAGAUCAGGCAUGUGGAUGCCCAUGCCACCCUGAACGAGGGCGUGGUGGUGCAGGUGAUGGGAGAGCUGUCCAACAACAUGCAGCCCAUGAGGAAGUUCAUGCAGACCUUUGUGUUGGCACCUGAGGGUACCGUGGCAAACAAAUUCUACGUCCACAACGACGUGUUUCGCUACCAAGACGAGGUGUUUGGAGACUCCGACUCUGAGCCUCCUGAAGAGUCUGAGGACGAGGUGGAGGAGAUGGAGGAGAGGGUUCCCUCCCCUGACGUGGCUCAGGAAGAGUCUGCUGCUUUCUACGAACAGACGCCCUGCCCAGAGCCGGCUGUUCCUGGUGAGGAGGAGGAAGGAGCGGCGGUGAGCCCUGAGCCAGAGCCUGAGGUGGAGAAAGAGGCGGAGGCUGCUGUGGUGGAGCUGAAGCCCGAGACGUUGCUGGAGACACAAGGAGAAACACACACAGCCGAUGACCAGACAGAGAAAAGCUCCGCCGCCACCCCGCCUGCCGCAGAGCCCGCCGCCGUGGCCAGUGAGCCCGCCCCCGCCGCACCGGAGGAAAACAGGCCGUUCUCCUGGGCGUCGGUCACCAGUAAGAACCUCCCACCCAGCGGGGCCGUUCCAGUCUCAGGAAUCCCCCCACACGUCGUCAAAGUCACUCCCACAGCACCGCCCAGAGUGGAGGUGAAGACAGAGUCCCAGUCAGCAGCACAGAGACCACAGAGGGACCAGAGGCCGAGGGAACAGAGGCCUGGAGGACCACCACCUGUACACAGAGGGCCUAGACCAGCGCGGGAAGGCGAGCAGGGCGAGUCGGAGGUCCGCAGGGUGGUCAGGUACCCCGACGCCCACCAGCUGUUUGUGGGCAACGUUCCUCACGACGUGGACAAGGCAGAGCUCAAGGAGUUCUUUGAACAGUAUGGUACAGUCCUGGAGCUGAGGAUCAACAGCGGAGGGAAGUUACCAAACUUUGGCUUUGUGGUGUUUGACGACUCCGAACCUGUACAGAAGAUCCUCAGCAACAGGCCCAUCAAGUUCAGAGGUGAUGUCCGCCUGAAUGUGGAGGAGAAGAAGACCCGGUCAGCCAGGGAAGGCGACAGGCGGGAUGUCAGGCCCAGGGGUCCUGGAGGACCGGGUGGUCCCAGAGAGCGGAUAGGAGGCGGCGGGGGACCCCGGGGCCCACCUGCCCGGGGAGGCAUGGCACAGAAGCCCAGCUUUGGGUCCGGACGGGGCACCGGUCCCAGUGAGGGCCGCUACUCGGGCCAGCGCCAGUGAGACGCUGGAACCUCCAGACCUGAGUCGAGUUACUGUCGGAAAUGGGUUCAGUUUACUUCUCAGAGGUUUAUUGAUCAGGUUUGGUGCAGCAGGAACCAGUUGGAUCAGCCCAAAGUGCAACAAAAUACGCUUUACAUCUAGAUGGAGCGAGGAGGAAAUAUUGAAUCACAGUCGAUUUUGGGAGAUUUGGCACACGGCACUCCUGAUUUCUAAUUCAGUGAUGACAUUGUCUCCUCCUCGUUCUUGCUCCUAGCUGUGUGCUCUAAGCUAACAGGCUAAUUGUGACCAUAUAGAAGUAUUUUGAGGGGAUUUCCACCAGUAACUGACCCAGGUUUGGUUGAGCUUUUGCAAACGUCAAGUCACGCCAGCUCCUGCUGAGGUCAACAGCCAGUCUCGACAUCUGUCUCCCACAAAGAUGGCUGCCCCUUUCCCCAUUUUUCCUCCUUUUUCUUCCUUCCUUCUCUUCCUCACCUGCUGCUCUUUGUUUCCUCUCCCAGGAAUCCAGAAUGUCACUCCUCCUCUUCCUCUCUUUCUUCUGUCCUCCUUUUGUCUCCUACACCAACACAUGUAUAAUCUGGACUUUUUUUUCUUUGUCUUUAUUAUUUUUUUUUGUUUUUUCAUGCUGAACUUGAAUUUGUUAAGAAGAAACAAAAAUCAAAACACACGCAAACAUGAGAAAAAAGGGUAAAUACUACUUGAAUUGGGGAUUAAAAAACCCAGAGGUUAGGUUUUCGCGUUCUCUCUCCCUGUUUCUUAAAGGAACGUGUACUAUACUGCUUGGGCAAUCCUGUGUAUUGCUGCCACCGUUGUAUCUAGCGAUGGAUCUGUCUUAUCUUUUUAUUCUAUCAGGUCAAGAAGCGAACUGUAGUGGUUUUUAUUUGAGUAAUAAUGUUGGCUUGUAAUAUGUGGAAUCAUGGACGCGUCUGAAUGGAGCAUGUAUCAAAUCCCGUUAGCCUUCUACUACCGAUGCACUUCAUUUGUCAUCAUGUGUAAAAUGAGCUCACCUGCCGACGAGAGAACUAAAUAAAGUGAUUUACUGUUUUAAA